CGUGGUGCCGGCUGGCUUGACUUGCUGGAAUGUUUUUUUUUUGACAUGCCAGAAAACACACGCAGUGAAAAGAAAGUUAGAAGACAACAUGGAGGACAGAGAGGAAAGUACGGCGAUCAAACGGACCAGUUCGGAUCAGAGGAAGCUGCGCUCCCGGGAUGCGGCACGCUGUAGGCGGAGCAAGGAGACCGAGCUCUUUUACGACCUGGCCCGCACACUACCCCUUCCCCGGCGGGUUUCGACGCACCUGGACAAGGCGGCCAUCAUGAGGGUCACUCUCAGCUUCCUGCGCACGCGCCACCUCUGUCUUGGAGUUAAGAGUCAGGGUUCGUCUAAAGAAAAAGAAGAGGAAGAGGAUGAAGAGGAUGAAGAAGAGGACCCCGCAGACAGUCUGUACGCUCAGGCGCUGUCGGGCUUCAUCGUGGUCAUAACGGAGGAAGGAGACAUGAUCUAUCUGACGGAGAACGUCAACAAGCACGUCGGCAUCCCUCAGUUGGAGCUGCUGGGUCAGAGCGUCUAUGACUUUGUUCAUCCCUGCGACCAGGAGGAGCUCAGGGAUCUCCUGUCACUCCGUCCAGGCGGUGGUAAAAAAGUGGCUCAGGGUCAGCUCAGCCUGAAGAACUUCUUCUUACGAAUGAAGAGCACGCUGACCACCAGGGGGCGCACUGUCAACAUCAAGUCUGCCAGCUGGAAGGUGUUCCACUGCACGGGUCACAUGCGUCCAUUGGGUGACAAGUCAGAGCCGGCUUCUGGCAUGGCCAUGACGCUGCUGUGUGAGCCCGUCCCUCACCCGUCCAGCGUGGAAUUCCCUCUGGACACGCACACCUUCCUCACCCGCCACAGCAUGGACAUGCGUGUCACGCACUGUGAGGGCAGGGUGGUGGAGUUGGUGGGCUACGAGCCGGAUGACCUGAUCGGCCACUCGGUGUUCGAGUAUCACCACGCGCUGGACUCGGAUCACGUCAACAAGAGCCUGCACACGCUGCUGGCUAAGGGUCAGGUCAGCACCAGCCCUUACCGCUUCCUGGCGAGGGGGGGCGGCUUCGUGUGGGCCCAGACACAAGCCACCGUCCUCUACAGCAGCAAAACAUCACAGUCGGAGGCGGUGGUCUGUCUCAACUUUGUACUCAGCGCUGUUGAGCAGUCGCACAUCGUUCUGUCCACCGAGCAGCUCUGCGUGGACGACAGCGUCAAAGCCGAGUCCUCGCCUUCGGUCGCGUGUGACUCUGAGCGCCUCAACGAGGAUUCGGCUUCCGGUCCAGACAGCCUGCCAGAGGCGAGGACAGCGGACAAACGUCUUCGGCUGACGCCGGAAUACGGAGAAGACGACGUUGUCUCUCCGCUGACAGGAGACUUGGUGUCUCUCUCCUUUGUGACGCCGCACGGUCCAGACAGCCUUCCGGAUCAUCCUCAGCACCUGUGCACGCCACAGCUGAGACAACUACUCUCGCCCAUCUUCAACCCCAUCACCCCACCUCCAUCACCAUCCUCAUCAUCAUCAGACGCCUCCUCACCGCAACCUCAGCCAGUGCAGGCCCAACGAGAGGAGAGCAUGCUGGACACCAGCGAGGUGGAGAAGUUGUUUGCCUUUUUGCCAGAAGAUGGCGACAACACGCAGGAUAGCGGACAGCAGGUCAUGGAUGGGAUGGAUCUGGAAAUGUUGGCUCCUUACAUCUCCAUGGAUGACGACUUCCAGCUGACCUUCUUCAGCGGCAUGCCGGAGGACGCUAGCAAGCCUCCGUCCGAGCCCCCCGCUGUCAACAGGAAACGGGCUCACAACCCGGACGAUGACGUGCUGUGCCGGCUGAUGGUUGGAGACAAGAGACGCAAGCACGACCCGCCAACGCUGGAGGAGGAGCUCCUCCUGAGCCACUCGUUGCUGGGCUGCCUGGAGGAAACUGGCCUGCUAGAGGCGGGGUCAGGCCCGCAGGGGCGGAGUCACCUCCUCACCGACAGAGACCCGAUCUUUGGUGGCAUGAGGGGGCUAUGUGACACAGCUGCUCUGAUGAAGGACAUAUUCAAGUCGCACCCGCCUGACGUGGCUCCAUCUCUGUUGCCCAUGUGAUGACACAGCGGUGCACUUCUUCCGUGACUGAACAUAGGGGGGGGGCCCGCUUUAUGAGCCGCACUCCUAUGAUGUUCUGCUCACAACAAUCGCACAUGAUUAAAAACAUGUCAGUGGCAUCUUUUUAUACACUUACUUCCUGUUAUGCAUGCUAGUUGCUAUUUUUCCUUUUAAUCUACUGCAUGUAACAGGUGGGCGAGGUUGACUUCAUCUUACACUCCUAUCAAUGUUUAUUCCUAUAUGUUGCUUUGUGUGAUGUCAAGUCAUUAGUUUGAGCAGCUAAAGUAGAAAAAAAUGAACUGUGUACUUUUUUUUUUUUUUAAUAAUAACUUUGAAGAAAUGGUGCCCGAGCAACAUGAGCAUGAAUUACGAGUUUGCCGCUACUUCUAACGAGCUGAAAGUGUUUCCAUGUUUCACUUGAAAUAAAAGGUGCAAAAGGUG